AUGGGUUAUAGAGACGCGAUGGGUUGCAGAGACGAGAUGGGUUGUAGAGACUACGAGUUGGGUUGUAGAGAUGAGAUGGGUUGUAGAGACGAUAUGGGUUGCAGAGACGAGAUGGGUUGUAGAGAUGAGAUAGGUUGUAGAGACGAUGAGAUGGGUUGUAGAGAUGAGAUGGGUUGCAGAGAUGAGAUGGGAGACGAGAUGGGUUAUAGAGACGCGAUGGGUUGCAGAGACGAGAUGGGUUGUAGAGACUACGAGUUGGGUUGUAGAGAUGAGAUGGGUUGUAGAGACGAUAUGGGUUGCAGAGACGAGAUGGGUUGUAGAGAUGAGAUAGGUUGUAGAGACGAUGAGAUGGGUUGUAGAGAUGAGAUGGGUUGCAGAGAUGAGAUGGGGUGCUGA